ACGUACGUAAGCGUAGAAGCUGUGGAAUUGGGUGAGCGACGAGAGUGCGGGGGGAAGGGCAGAGUGGAAGCAGAGGAAGGAAAAGAGGAGGAGGACGAAGCAAAGCAAUGUCAACAAUGAGGAGGCAGGAAAAGGAGUGCAGCUGGAAUCCGCUGAGGUCGAGAAAGAGCAGCAAGAAAGUGCAGGGGGGAAAGAAGCAAAAAAGAAAAGUGGGAAUGAGAGCAGGUAGGCGAGAGGAAGCCGGAUGAAGAGGAGGAGAGAGGCUCGAGGGGGAGUGGUGACGGCGAGAGAAGAGAAGGGAUGAGGAGGAAAGGAAGAGUGAGUGGGAGUGGUGAGCAAAGCACAGCCGAGGCCAGAGAGUCAACGAGGCGAGUCGGCGAUCGCAAACCUCCACAAAGUGCUAUCAGCAACACGCACGCCAGCAUGUUUACGCAACACAGGCGGAGGAGCGCCCCAAAAGUCCAGGAUGGAACCUCCGUGCUGAGGAAGCCUUGACCUCGGAGCCAACUUCUUCUCAAAUUCUUCUUCUUCGUGCGCUCCACAAGAUGUCAGUCAAGCUGCGAUUCGACUCUCCCUCUGAGGGAAAUCCGAUCCGGCGGAGUCGCUCCUUCACGGGCUUCGGCUCUCUGACAGGACGACGGCGGCCUUCCUCUGCUCGGAACUCGCUGCGCUCCAAAGUUGUCUCUGAAAGAAAAACUCCACGUGCUCCUUUAUCUCCCAGAAGAGGAUUCGGAUCUGUCUGGUCCCUGCAGCCAGAGGAUGUGGACCGCAUCUUCCAGGCGCUGCGCAAAGGCCUCAAGGAGCAUGUGCAGCACCACCAGACUGAGAUGGACUUCCUGUCGUCACGCCAGCGAGAAACCAAAAGAAACUCCAGACUGGCUUUCCAGUACGAUCUGGAAAAGGAGAUUCGAGCACAGGAGAGGAUCAUCCGAAGGCUGGAAUUCCAAAUCAGCAAGGUGGACGAGCUCUACGAGAACUAUUGCGUCCAGUGGCGCCUCUGCCAGGGAGCCGUCAACAUGAAGAGAGCCUUUUCCCUCACGCCCUCCACCAGGGAGUCCAGGGAGAGCCUCCUGGAGCUUGGACGCAACCACAGGCACAGCGUGCAGGACAUGUCGACCAUGGAGGGAGAGCUAGAGGUCCUCCUGGGAGAACUUCACGUCAAGAUGAAAGGUCUCAUUGGCUUCGCCCGGCUAUGUCCUGGAGACCAGUAUGAGGUUGUGCUGCAGUUGGGCCGUCAGCGCUGGAGGAUUCGCGGUCGGAUCCAAAGCGACGACGCCCAGUCCUGGGACGAGGAGGAGAUGCUCUUCCUACCGCACAUCAACCACAACUUUGAGAUCAAGGUUUCGGAGGCCAAGGGUCUGGUCUGGCAGCUGGUGGGCACGGUGACCUGUGCCAGUGCACACUUCUUUGUGGCGACUCCCCAACUCAUGCUGGUGGACAUCACCCAGCUGGGGACCAUCAAGCUACAGCUGGAGGUUACCUGGAAUCCGUUGGACAGUAGUGAGAAGGUGGGGCUUUUGUCUACUAGUAGACCAUCCGGGUGGAGCAGGAAGACUUCAGUGCAAAGUUGGACUGCCCCCAGCACGCCGUCCUUCUCGGAAAAGUAUUUCCUGUCGAUGGUGCGAGAGCUGCAGGACGGAGGAAGAGGAGGAGCUUCAGUCCCACUCCGGCUGUCUAAAAGUGGGCGGGACAGGGGCGUGUCUUUAAUGAGCUACCUGUCACACGCGUCCAUCAUGUCUGACCAAUCACAGGCCAAGACACCACCAAGCCUCAGCAGCAGCGUGGCGGGUAGUCACACUCAUCUUUCCCUCGGUGAGGACGGGGAGGAAAGAGUGACCAGGAGGAGGAGAAAGCCGGGGGGGGAGGAGGAGGAGGAGGCCUGGGGAGGAACAUUUGCGUCUCCUUCUUCUCUCCUGGACCUACACAGGUCCAGCACCCCAGACAUCCUCAAAGACAAGCAAGACGACCCAGCAGGAGGUCGCGUGGAGGCUGAGGAGGGUCCGCCAGAUGCUGUCAGCGAGGAGCUCAAAGACGUGCGGGACGCCGCCUGCCCCCCGCCCCCGGCCGUCGCGCCCCCCUCCCCGACUGCCGAGGCGGCGCGGUCGGGGACCGGGGGGGCGGCGCCGAGCGGCGGCCGGCGGCGGGCGCAAGCCCUGCGACUCGGGGCGCUGCUGGCCGAGCUAGAGAGAAACCUGAAGAAGCAGAGGAGCUGCGAGAGCCCCCUGAGGGUCCUGAAGCAGCAGACGGAACACCUGGACACCAUUCUGAGGAACGACCUGUCCCUGAUGAGACGCUCGUCAUCUGACGACACCUUGGCCGUGGAGGAGGUUCUCUGCAGCUUUGACUUCCUGUCGCAGGACGACGACGCUUCCUGUUUCGGCAGCGCCGGCCACCUCUGGCAGGACGGCCGCGCGGCCGGCGAGGAGGCCCCGCUGACUUGUGGGAACCGGGGCCUGGACCAGGCUCUGGAGACGCACCUGGAAGCGUGCUGCGCCCUGCUGGAGAUGCUGCAGAGGGUCAACUUCCGUUUAGCUCGCGCGGUUCUCCUCGAGGACGUUUCUCAACAAGCGGACGUCCUGAAGACAAUCGGCCGCUUGCUGCUGGAGGACAAGGACGACAUCUCCGCUGAAGAGCUGCUCCCCGAGGACCGGAGGAGCAAGGAGCUGGUGUCGUUCUGGGCCGACUGCGUGAAAGACGCCGGUUCCUCGGCUCCGUUCUGCUGCCGCUCGGACGACUUUGCGGAGGCGCUGAGGAGGCGAUACUCGCACCGAAUUAAAGCCAAAGUCAAGGCCAAGCAGCCCGGGCUCCCCGAAAGAGUGUUCGACACGCUGCUGCGGCAGCUGCGAGCGGCCAGCGGGGCGGCGCUGUGGCCUCCUCAGCCUCCGUGCGCCGCCAGCACUGUGAGCGUGUUCCAGCUGUCGCUUUACCUGAGACGAUGCGACAUCCCGACGCCCGGAGAACAUGUGGCGCGCCUCUCCAAGGAAGAAUGUUUCCUGUCGGCCAUGACGGGUCCCGAGCGCAGGGGCGCGCUGACCCGGAUGAGGUCGCGGGGCGUGGCCCGCCUCCUCCCGCUGGGGGUCACGCUGCAGACGUUGGCGGCCCUGCAGGCGGAUGCCGACCAGAGGGUGUGCCGGGCCGCCGCCCGCUGCCUGAGGCGGGGCGCCGCCUGCGCCGCCUUCCGGCCAAGGGCGCUGGUCUACUACACGGAGAGUUUGAGGAGCACCGACGCGGUCAUCCAGCGGACCUCGUGCCUGGCGCUCCAAUGUUUGGCGGCCACGGAGAGCGUGGAGCACAUGGUGGAACUUCGCAGGUGUCCCGAUGAGGCCGUUCGAAACGCCGCCAAGGAGGCGGUCCUCUCUUUCGGUAAAAAAGGCCACGCGGCCUUCCAGAGGAUGGAGCAGCUUGACCUGGAGCUGCAGGAGGAGUUUUUCCAGAACUUGGAGACUGAGAUCACUUUUCUUUAAUGAAAACGUUUGCUUUUCUUGUCAUCAUGGCCAACGUGCACUCAACCUUUUAUACCUAUUUAAAAAUAAUACUAAACCCAG